AUGACAGAGGACCAGUUAUACUGCGAGAAGUGCGGAUUUCCACCUGAAUAUUGCGAGUAUUCAUCUGCUUGCACAGCAACAAAGAAAGAGCCACAAUUAAAGCCAGAUACAAAGAUUAUUGUGACAACAAAAAGGGUCUCUGGGAACAAGAAAGUGACUCUUGUGAAAAACCUUCACCUUCUGAUGAAUAGCACCAAGAUGAAAGAACUCGCCAAAAAGUGCUCAAAAACAAUUGCAUGUGGAUCUACCCUUAUAAAGAACGGGAGUGGCUCAGAAGAUAUAUCUGUCCAGACAUCAGAAGACUACAGAGUAAUAGAAAUCCUUGUUAAAGCAGGCAUACCAAGUGAUCGCAUAGACAGGAUAGUAAAAUAA